AUGUUAAUUUCAUUUAUUCAUUUGUCUAUAUUAUCAUUAUUCAAUAUUAUGAUUAUGAUUAUUACUACUAGUGUGAUGUUGAAUCCUUUAAAACCUAUAAAAAUAACUUUAAAUCAUGGUGGAUCAGUUAUUGGAAAAGAAGAAACUGUACAAAUUGAUGGAAAAGAAGUUCAAGUCAAUAGUUUCUUAGGUAUACCUUAUGCAUCAAAACCAAUUGAUAAAUUACGUUUUGCUCCACCAGUAAAACAUCCCGGUUGGAAAGGUUCAUAUAAUGCAACUAAAUUAUCAGCAACAUGUUGGCAAUAUAUAUUUGUAGGAUUUGAUGCUGUUAAUGCUGCUGGUAAAAUGUGGAUUAACAAUACUGAAAUGAGUGAAGAUUGUUUAUAUCUUAAUGUAUGGACUCCGAAACCUAGUGCCGAUAGUUCACGGUUUCCAGUUAUGGUAUGGAUAUAUGGCGGUGGGUUUACUUCAGGCAGUGCUAAUCUACAAGUAUAUAAUGGAGCUAUACUUUCAGCUACACAAAAUGUAAUUAUUGUUUCUAUGCAAUAUCGUGUCGGUGCAUUUGGUUUCUUACGAUUAAAGCCUAAUACUACCGAUCAAACGCAAACUAGUGCUCUAGGUAAUCAGGGCUUAUUAGAUCAAUUAAUGGCAUUAAAGUGGGUAAAAGAGAAUAUAGGACAAUUUCAUGGUGACCCAAAUCAAGUGACAAUAUUUGGUGAAUCUGCCGGAGCAGUCAGUGUGUCAAUUCUAUGGAUGUCACCAAUUGCUCAACCAUAUUUUCGUAGAGCGAUAUUACAAUCAGGUAGUCUAUAUGCUAGAUGGGGUUUAGACACUGCAGAUGAAGCACACGAGAAAGCAGAUAUAUUCACUCGGGAAUGUGGCUGCCAAUCACCCUCUGUAGACCGUAAAGCUAGUUUGGAAUGUCUUCGAAAGUUGGAUCCAUUAACACUUGUUAACCAACUGGAUAGUAUAAAUGUGGCUAUUGGUAAACGUCGUUAUGAUACUGUUCAAAAAUAUCUACGACCCAAAAAUCAUCAACAUGAACCGUUCCUAUUAAGCCAGUCUACAAGUACUCGAUUGUAUUUCGAUGUUCCAUUGCAACCAGUUAUUGAUGGUCAUCUUAUGACGAAACAUCCUGAUCAAAUUUUUCAUGACAAAAAUGCAUUAAAAGAUAAACCAGAAUUAUUGAUUGGUGUUAACACCAACGAGGCAAUGUUUUUCCUCCUCCCAGGCAUUUCAAUAAAAGAUACGCAAUUCCUAUUCCCAAAUGGUUCAGUUAUUAUGCCUGACACUAUAGGAUUGGCUGGUAAGAAACAACCAUUUAAACAGGGAGAAGAAAUAGCCGAUUUCUAUUGGAUCACAGCCACACAGAUAAUAGAGGAAUCUCAUAUGAGACCUGGUCUAGCAAAAUUACCAUCAUAUUAUUAUAAUUUACCACUCAUUUCCAGUCCAAAACAAGGUUACUACGAUCCGGAUACCAUACACAUCAAAGAUGAAGAACUUCUCAGACGAUUAGAUAAAUUUGCCGGUGAUUUAGACUUUGCUUGUCCAACUUUAAAUUUUGCUGAACAAGUUGCUAGAUUACCAGAUGCUAAAGUAUUCCUAUAUCAUUUUAACAAACGUACUGAAUCACUUCCUAUGCCUACAUGGACAGGUGUUAUGCAUGGCUAUGAAAUUGAAUAUAUUUUUGGUAUACCACAUGAUCCGGAAUUUUCAAAACAAUUUUAUAAUUUUACAGAUCCUGAAAAGGAAUUCAGUUCCAGAAUGAUGAAAAUGUGGACUAAUUUUGCUAAAACUGGACAUCCAUCUAAAAGUGAUGAUGGUCACGUGUCUAUACCAGAAUGGCCUUUGUUUCGUCGUACUGAUGGAUUUAUAUCAAGCGACCCAGAUCACUUGAUUCUAGAAAAUGAGACUAAACUCGGCAGUGGAUUACACCGUGAUCGCUGUGCGUUUUGGUUACAUGAAAUGAAAGACAUGACAGAUAUAUUAAACGAUACAUGUGAAUGUUCUAGUGGAAUAAAACCAACUGGAAGUUAUCUAUUCAUCAUUGGAUUAUGGUUACUUCUUUUCAUUGGAUAUUUAUAA